GUCGCCGCUCCGGACAGCCUAGAAACGUAAAGACGUGCGACAGAGAUAGGCGCACCCGGCGGCAUCGCGGGCGCCUUCGUUUGUUGUUUUUUUGUUUUGUCGCUUCACUCAACCCGUUCGCGUGAACGACGCCGCGGUCCUGUUAAGUGACUGAUCCGCGUACAGGGCAGCAGCCACGCUACAGUUCCCCCCUGUUACGCACCGUCGCCUACAUCCCGACUGAAGUUCCCAAGUGGAAGUGAGCGAACCAUAACUGCGCGACAAAGCGUCGGCUGCGUUUAUUGCUUCGUGCGGUCCGUCCCGUACUGGUCGUUGUUUUCUGAAGACCCCUGUGCCUUCCGUGAAUGCUCGAACGGAAGAGGCUGCCGUCCUUUCCUCCCUCGACGACGACGACGACCGAGAAAGAUCGUUGCCCCUCGACGAAUACAACAUUUGUGCGCGAGACGGCGCGAUCGAUGCGGACAGAACGCCUCGUCGUUGUUUAGUGCGUGAGUGAGUGCGCUGUGAUAGGGUGCUCUCGUUCUCUCGGUUUAGAGCGGUGUACUAAUUUUUUCGGAGGGCGAUUAAAUCUCGCUCAUUGGUUGUGCGUGAAAAAAAAAAUCUGGCAGAAAAGUCAUCAUGGAGGAAACGGCGGGUGACAAGACGUCCUUCCAAAGCGUCAACUUGGAAUCGUGGGACAUUGUGGUGAUCGUCGCGUACUUCGUGGGAGUGAUGGUCGUCGGCAUCUGGUCCUCAUGGAGAAGCAGCCGGGGUUCUAUGAGCGGCUACUUCCUGGCCAGCAGGAGCAUGCACUGGAUACCGGUUGGUGCUUCGCUUUUCGCCAGCAACAUCGGAAGCGGCCACUUUGUUGGGCUGGCCGGAUCUGGCGCCGCUACGGGAAUCGGCAUCGCGGGUUUUGAGCUGAACGCUGUCUUCAUCCUCAUGAUCCUGGGAUGGAUCUUUGUACCUGUCUACGUGGCUUCAGGGGUGUACACGAUGCCGGAGUACCUGCGAAAGAGGUUCGGCGGCCAGCGGAUACGAGUGUACCUGUCCGUGCUCGCCCUUCUCCUGUCCAUAUUCACGAAGAUCUCGGCGGAUCUCUUUGCCGGGGCCAUCUUCAUAAAACAAGCUCUGGACUGGAACCUAUACGUGUCUGUCUGUGUACUCCUGGCCAUCGCCUGCAUAUUCACCGUCGCUGGUGGUCUUAGCGCUGUGAUUUGGACAGACUUUGUCCAGACGAUCCUCAUGGUUGUCGGAGCCUUUGCUCUCAUGGUGCUGAGUUUUAUCAAGGUGGGCGGCUACGAGAAGCUGAUGCGAGACUUCGCCUUCGCCGAGCCGACCAACAACAGCUUCGUGCAGUUCGACGCAGAUAACACGUCCUGUUCCAAGGUGCCCGACAACUACAACCACCUGCUGCGCACAGCCUCUGACCCGCAGCUACCGUGGACGGGAAUGGUGUUCGGUCUGACCAUCUCGGGCAUCUGGUACUGGUGCUCGGACCAGGUUAUCGUCCAGAGGGCCCUUUCUGCGAAGAACAUGGUUCACGCCAAGGCUGGUUGCAUCCUUGCCGGCUACCUCAAACUUCUCCCUCUGUACCUCCUUGUCCUGCCCGGCAUGGCCGCUCGUGUCCUGUACCCAGACCUUGUCGGCUGCUCGAACCCUGAUCGUUGCCGCGAAGUCUGUGGCAGCGAAAAUGGCUGCACCAACAUCGCCUACCCGCUGCUCGUCGUCAAGCUCAUGCCCGUCGGUGCUCGCGGAAUGAUGCUGUCCGUGAUGCUGGCCGCCCUCAUGUCGUCGCUGACGUCCAUAUUCAACAGCUCGUCGACCAUCUUCACCAUCGACAUCUGGAAGAAGUUCCGCAAGCACGCCUCCGACGUGGAGCUCCUCAUCGUGGGCCGCUCCUUCGUCGUCGUGCUCGUGGCGCUGAGCAUCGUCUGGAUCCCCAUCAUCGAGCACUUCCCGAGCAGCCAGCUCUUCCACUACAUCCAGAGCGUCACCAGCUACCUGGCUCCGCCCGUGUGUGCCGUCUACGUCAUGGCCAUCUCCUGGAAGCGAGUCAACGAACCCGGCGCCUUCUGGGGACUGAUGAUCGGCUUGGCUGUCGGCAUUGCUCGCUUCGCCUGGGAGUUCUCGUACACGGUACCCACCUGCGGCAGCGGGGAAGUCGACCCCAGGCCCGCCAUCAUCUCGCAAGUACACUACUUGCACUUCGGAUCGAUACUGUUCCUCAUUUCGCUUGUCUCCACGGCCGUCAUCAGCCUGCUCACGCCGCCCAUCGACGAAAGACAUCUCUAUCGGUUGACCUACUCGACGAGGUUCAGCACCGAGGUGAGGGAAGAACUAGACAGGCCACACAAGAAGGUGCCGCCCACGGUCAGCGCAGUCACCGGAGGUGCUGACAACCUGGCCUACAACAAGAGCGCGGACAAUCUGGCGUCCAACGAUGUGCCCAUGACCAUUCGGGGCCACACGUCGCCGCACGAAGUGAUGCAAGCCCCACGCAAAGAACUGCGUGGGUUCAAGAAGGCGCUGUUCUGCCUCUGCGGCGUCACGUCUACGCACGAGGAAGAACAGGCGAUGGCGGCCAACCAGCCGCCGCCCGUGAGUCCCGAGCAGGAGGCACAGGAUGCGGUCAAGGCUCUGGACGAGCACCGCGUGUGGGGCGCCGCCUGCACGGUCAACGCCGUCGUACUCAUCGCCAUAUGCGCGUUCGUCUGGGGCUUCUACGCCUGAGCAGCAACACUUCAGUGGCCAGUUACCGAGCGAGGAAUUUACCGUGCGACGCCGCUCUCAAUCCACUCGACGUGGGACUUGUGCUUCGGGACGCCAUCGUUAAGACAGUGCAAGUGACGAUGAUUCCGGCCGUGCCUCAUUUGUUUCUAUACUCCCUUCCAUACAUAGCUGUCAACGCUGUGGAGGCUAGAGAGACUUCUUGCAGUGGCUACGCUCACACUUGGAUAUAGUUCGAUGUCUUUUUGACCGUAAUUGUGCGCAAUUGUGCGCUACUGUUUUUUUUUAUAUAGGCUGAGUGUUGAAAGAAACAAGUUUUAAUCCUUAGAAUCGAACACAAUGCGGUAUACGGCUGCUAAUGCGUUGUUUUAGGUCAUUAUUUUUGUUUUUGUUGUUCUUUUCGGGUUUUCUUUCUUCAUUUGUAACCCGUCGCGUGGAGCCUUACGUGCGUGCUCGCACGAGCGAACGCUGUUGGCGUGCAACAAAGCAUGGACGGAACGUGCGGAGGGAUAACUUUUCUCGACCGAACUUCUUGCGUACGUUCCACAGCGUUGAUUGCUAUGUAUCAAACUGGGUAUAGAGCCGUCGGCAGUGCUGGAGCGGUGGACUGGAAAACAUUAAUGUGGUCCUGCAGGACGCGCUUAGCGCGUAGUGGGCGUCUCCCACGUAGGGUUUCUCCCACGUAGGACAGGGUGCACCUGGCGGCCGCUUCGCGGGCCUACUGGACAGCCCGUUGCUGGUCGGCGAGUAGUGAGCUUCUGAGGGACUUCUCCCACUUGUCCGAGGUGGAGUCGGGAAGAGCGUUCCUAGCCUCCCAGAACAUGUGUGCGAGUAUCGCAGUGUCUCCACACGAGGGCGGACGUAUCGCUGAGGUACGCGUCGGGACAGCAGCACCACAACAAUUUGGGACAGCGCCUCACCUGACGAUCGCCUUGGUGGCGGGACAUUAGUUCCACGCACCGUCGGGCGUUGUCCGAAGAUCAUUAGUGUUUCAGCGUAGAGGAGACGUACUAUAGCCCCACAUGCGAAAUGCCGGAACUCUUCUCCGGGAACAGCAGUGCUGGUGGCGAUACCUUGCGAGGCUCGGUUUAACCAUACGCGUGUAACCCUCAUUGCACUGGAAAUGCCUAUUCGGCCUGCCGGAUUUUGCAAACGUGUCGGUAGUGACCUAAUCGUUACGAAGCUAUUCAAGUAUCUUCUGUUUCGAGAUGUUGCGCAACACAAUGAAGUUUUCAACACGGCGAGCUUGACCAUCACUUCACGAGACGUAACCAGCCGCGCUGUUCGUGAACGCUUCUGUUAUUCCAAUGAACGUGGGCAAUAGUACGUCUCCUCUAUGCAAAAAAAAAAAAAAGCUGUUUCUUAACUGGUAGCUACCGGUACUCGCCCGGAUGACGGACGCACGCAAACUUACCUCCUUGCGUCACAAGACGGUGACACUGUGCGGAACGUAUCAACUCAAACUUGUGGAGUCUGUGAUAGCAAGCCACAUACGUUGCAGAGAGACUGCUGAUCCGUGAUUCAGCGUGUGUGUCUGUGUGUGUUUGUGCAUUGUCUGUGCUGCGACGCUGUAGCUUUUCUUUUGUAUAGCUUCUCUUUUACAAAGCAGGACACUUGCUAGUUUUAGAGUUGAAAGCAUAGGACAGAUGAGUCCGUGGCUUUUUAUAUACUCGCCUCACGAACGCUAGGGCUCACUCCUUCGAAUUCAGUGCACACUCUCGAAUGCGCAAGGAGCCGAGAGCCUCCCGGCGCUGUCAGAAUGACACAAAAGUUUCCGCACACAAAGAGGGGUCACGUUGCCACAGGAACCUUGGGUGUGAUUGACUCAUGACAUUCAUAACUUGGACAAAAUUGUGCAUCAUCAAAUAGCGAAAAAGAAAGAAAGAAAGACAAACAGAGCCAACAUCAAGAAGAAAGCAAAGAUGGCAAAUGCGAGCGCUGCUUUUACUUGGCCCGUACUCAUUCAAGUGAAGUCAAAUCUGUUUAUUCGCUUUCCCUACGUCACUCUUGUUUACGGUGCGCGGUUGGGCUCUGUAUCACUGUGGUUGAGUUAACAGUUCGAGGAUUCUCAGCUGCAUUCAGUACUUGCGGGAACGGGCGGCUGUCCACCGCGGUGCUCAAAUGUUCCUGAAAUCAAUAGCGGAGAUUGUGUGAACCAAAGAAUAGCGGCAGUGUUUUCCUUUUUUUAUGCGUACACAGUGCACGGUACAUAGGGGAAAAAUACAGGUUGGAAGGUAUACGGGCCUCAGUUGGGUCUGGUUGGCUUAUUUUACUGCAAUCAACUCUGCAUAUGUUGCCCGAGGAGCAAUGUUCCUUCAAUAAGUGACUUAGAAUAAUGGAUCUAGAAGCGCCCACCGUCUUCCACCACUGCAGUACACUCGUUUUUAUCUACAUGCACAGUUCAUGCGCAACCAGCACAAGCUGGCCGGUAAAGUCUGAAGAUGAGACAACAAAACACGAUGUCAACACUGAGGUGUACGCUACUGGUGACAUUGUUUGCGUAGUGCACAUACUUUCUAGUGAGUGGCUGUCCUAUCUUGUAAUGCUCUGAGGUCAAGUCUUGACAAUCAACAGGUCCGGUUUCUUCCAACGUAAUUACACAAUCGCUGUUAAAAAUGCCGGUAUCUUCAAAUAUCAGUGAGUCUUUCACUUUGUUUCGCCGUCUAGAAGGAAAAAAAAAGAGCAAGGACAGCAAUGUCAGUGCUGGCUGAACUGCGUUGCUCCAUGACUCGAUAACCAUGGAAUACUGCAGGAACUCGGUUUCAGUCGAGUUAUCAUAGGUACGGGUGGCGACGUUGUUCAUUCUUUUGUGGUCGGGCCACUCAGGCUUGAAUACAAAUGUUUGUUUGUUUGUUUGUGUGUGUGUGUGUGUGUGUGUUUGUGUGUGUGUUUACAUAUCGGCGUGCCACGUGCGAGCUUCAAAGAUAAUUCAUUUCAUACACUUGGCACCUUGAUGGGGUUCAACUUUGUAAAUAUGUUUCUAGCAAGGGUGUUUCAGCAUAUGCUAAGCGUAGACUUUUGAACCCCGCAUGAGCGAGAAGAGCGCACGAAGUUUAUUUUUACACGAAGCCAUGCCUGUCAAUUUUAGAGAUGCGUUGAUGACCCACUUCCACAAGGAGUGCGACGUAUCGGUGCUACGUUUACUGCAUGCCAUUACCAAUAUUUAUUCAGUACUGUACGAAGACAAACAACCCUGAACUAUUUGAAUUGAUUUAACGUUUUCAUCUCGGAUGCAUUAGUAGUGUUGUAGGAUUUCAUUGUGUUCCCUGUUGAUACUUGUAGCAAAAUUUAAGACCUGGCCGAUAUUACAUCUAGGAAACUGUUUACAUGUGUCUAGGAUGCCAAGCAGCGAGGCGGUGAAGAAGUGCUUUUCUGGGUUACACGUCAACAAAAAGCAUGCUAGUCUUUUCUGUGGUAAAUUAUGUCUGAUGCGUUAUCUUUGUUUCGACGAACGUCACGUCAGACUACGUGGAUAGAAAACUAUUGCCUCUAGAAACUUUUCAUUAAACGUAAUGCCAAACCAAUUUGUCUUUGUACGGGGUGUAUUACCGGUCUAUGCGGGCAACAUACUUUAGCAUCUGUUUAAUAUUAACUGUAGCAUUCUACCAAUUCUGCUUAGUAUUGAGAAAAAGUACACGAUGCGUGUGAAAACCAAGUUCCUUUCUUUAUGGCUUCGAAACAUGGUUACGGUACUUGACGACAUGUAACAAUCGUUACUUACGGGGUGCCAGUAAGUAACGUGCUCGCUGGCACAGCAAUGAUCCACAAACCAUAUUUUUUUAAAGAGAAGGCUUAUUGCUUAGAUCAUUGGACUGGAGAUUGUUGUGUGCUGCUUGUAAGAGCCAUGAAGCCACAUAAACAUGAUGAGCUGGUAUUCAAUGAUUUCGUUCUCUUUCCAUGUUCAUUUGUUGAGAGCAGUAGCAGGAAAAUGUGCGUUGUUUGCGAAGUGAUGAAUCUACGUUUUAACGUAUGUGCAAUGGUUCUACUUUGUUGAUCAGUGAUUUAUGCGAUUUUUAUCAUACAACUCAAGACGCCGUGCAUCUGUUUUAAGCUGCGCGUUUGGGUCAAGCCACUGGGUUUUUUUACAUGUUUGUCGUGCGUUUGUACAAAAUAAACAGAAUAAAAACAAUUGCGCAUUA